GCUUCUUCACGCGGGAAAGGCGACGUCGGCGGCGCGUCGGAAGGCCGCACGAGCGACCGUUGACGGAACGCGCAUGCGCGUCAAGCCGAGCCGCGUGCCGCGUCGUGCCUCUCCUCUGGUUGUGGGCGCCGGUUCUUCAGACUUUACGUUGAAUUAAAGAAAAUAUUUUAUCAGAAGAUGGCCACUGCACAGUUGCAGAGGACUCCCACGAGUGCAGUGAUAUUUCCUAAUAAGAUAACAAAUGAGCAGCAAUCUUUGAUGUUAGUGAAGCGGCUCCUAGCAAUUUCAAUAUCCUGCAUCACGUACUUGAGAGGAAUAUUUCCAGAAUGUGCUUAUGGAACAAGAUAUCUAGAUGAUAUUUGUGUCAAAAUUCUGAGGGAAGAUAAAAAUUGUCCAGGGUCUUCACAACUAGUGAAGUGGAUGCUGGGAUGUUAUGAUGCUUUACAGAAGAAAUAUCUAAGGAUGAUUGUUCUAGCAGUUUACACCAAUCCAGAAGACCCUCAGGCAAUUUCAGAAUGUUACCAAUUUAAAUUCAAGUACACCAGUAAUGGACCAAUCAUGGACUUCUUAAGCCAAAACAAUAAAUCUAGCACAUCACCUGCUGAUACCAAGAAAGCAAGUAUUCUCCUCAUUCGGAAGAUUUAUAUUCUAAUGCAAAAUCUUGGACCUUUACCUAAUGAUGUUUGUUUGACCAUGAAACUCUUUUACUAUGAUGAAGUUACACCCCCAGAUUACCAACCUCCUGGUUUUAAGGAUGGUGAUUGUGCUGGAGUAACAUUUGAAGGGGAGCCUAUGUACUUAAAUGUGGGAGAAGUCCCAACACCUUUUCACAACUUUAGAGUAAAAGUCACCACUGAGAAAGAACAAAUGGAAAAUAUUGAUACACUUCUACUAUCAUCAAAACAAUUAAAAACACCCUUUCAAAAAAUCCUGAUGGAUAAAGAUGAUCAAGAAGAUGAACAGGAACAUUAUAUAAAUGAUGAUUUUGACAUUGAAACUAAAAUGGAAGAGCAGAAAAAACACCCUGGAUGUUCUGAACUUGGAGAACCAAGUUUAGUUUGUGAGGAGGAUGAAAUUAUGAAGUGUAAAGAAAGUCCAGACCUUUCCGUUUCUCAUAACCAGGUUGAGCAGUUAGUCAACAAAACAUCUGAACUUGUUAUGUCUGAAAGCAAAACAAGAAGUGGAAAAAUCUUUCAGAAUAAAAUGGCAAAUGAAAAUCAGCCAGUAAAAUCUUCUAAAGAAAAUCGGAAGAGAAGUCAGCCUGAAUCUAAGAAAAAUAAACAGGUGAGAAUGACCACUUUAACUCACCGGGCUCGUCGCACUGAAGUAAGCAAGAACUUUGAAAAGAAGGUAGAAAGUGAGGAAGACUGUAAUCAAGAGAGGAAUCCAGACACUGAAGACCCUGGAGACUCCAAGGAUAUACGCCUCACCCUUAUGGAAGAAGUAUUGCUCCUGGGACUAAAAGAUAAAGAGGGUUACACAUCUUUCUGGAAUGACUGCAUAUCAUCUGGCCUGCGAGGGGGCAUCCUGAUAGAGCUGGCAAUGCGGGGUCGAAUCUAUCUGGAACCCCCCACCAUGCGUAAGAAGCGACUGCUAGACAGAAAGGUAUUGCUGAAGUCAGACAGCCCAACAGGUGACGUUUUACUAGAUGAAACUCUCAAACACAUCAAAGCAACUGAGCCCACAGAAACCGUCCAGACAUGGAUAGAGCUGCUCACUGGUGAGACCUGGAACCCCUUCAAAUUACAGUACCAGCUAAGAAAUGUACGAGAGAGAAUUGCCAAGAACCUUGUGGAGAAGGGUAUUUUGACCACUGAGAAGCAGAAUUUCCUGCUUUUUGACAUGACUACUCAUCCAGUGACCAACACAACCGAGAAACAGAGACUAGUGAAAAAACUUCAGGAUAGUGUUCUAGAGCGGUGGGUAAAUGACCCUCAGCGGAUGGACAAGCGAACACUAGCUCUCCUGGUGCUUGCCCACUCCUCUGAUGUGCUAGAGAAUGUCUUCUCCUCUCUGACAGACGACAAGUAUGAUGUGGCAAUGAAUCGAGCCAAGGACAUAGUAGAACUGGACCCUGAAGUGGAGGGGAUUAAGCACAGUGCCACAGAGAUGAUCUGGGCUGUGCUGGCAGCCUUCAAUAAAUCCUAAAGCCAGUAGGUGGGUUCUCCUAUCCCCUUGCUGGUUGUUGACCGUCAGAGACCCAUACUGAGUUUUCUGUGAUGAGCUGUUUUCAUGGCUUUUUUUCCUCCCCUUCUCUUGAAUCAGACUCGUGAUUGGAGGAGAGCAACUUCAGGGCUUCUUCGUAGACUUUGGCCAUUGUAGUAAGCAGGUUUUAUUCUCCCUGUCCUUCCAUUCCAUAGGUGAAUGAACUGGGUGAACCUAUACACACCCAAUAAACACUUUCUUCCAUUUCUUGGCUUAGUUUCAUCCACCGUGCUUUUUGAUCAACAGAAAUAUUUAAGCAAGAUUUGAGAUUCUCCAGCAACAAAAUGUGAAUGAGAUGAAGAGCAAACCAUUUAUUAUACUGUUCUGUUUUCUGUCUUAAAUAGAUGUUUUCACAGCCUUUGUCUCUCUCAAAUUCUGCUGAAUAGUAUAGCUAAUUGAAAUAAUUGUUGGAGCAGGCAUUUAGCUUAGUGGUUAAGCUGUCAGUUAGGACACCUGGCAUAGUAACUGGUUUGACACCCAGCUCUGGCUCCUGACUCCAGGUUCCAGUCAACAAAGACCCUGGGAGGCAGCAGUCAUGGCUCAGCUAACGUGGGAGACCUGAAUUGAUUUUCCAGCUUCCAAUUUGGGCCAGAUCCACUCCCAGCUGCUGUGGGAAUGUUGGGGAGUGAACUAGCAGAUGGGAGUUCUGUCUGUUUCUAUCUCUGUCUCUGCCUCUCAGAAGAAAAAAAAAAGGAAGGGAGGAGAGAUGGAAGGAAACAAGGCUGGCUGCCAAACUAUCUUUGGAUGGAGGGCCGUGGAAACAAAACUAAUUUUUGGAGCAAAUAGUCUCUGAGAUUAUAUGCCUUGCUAGUGAUUUUCUCAUCUUUCCUUUUCUGUGAUAAUGAGAAAGUCCCAAAUGUGAUUGCCUAGAUCUCAUAGUAUGCUCCCUCUUAGCAUUAUCACACUUCCUCAUUUGCUGAGACAAAAAAAUCUAACAGAAAAAAAAAUGUAUUUCGCCCACCUCCUUCAUGUAGUCCACAUUAGAAUUAGUAAAGGAAGGGGGGGUGGGGUGGGGCAUGAGAAUGUGCAUCCUUCGGCAGGAGUGUUCUGUUUCUCCAGACUACUGUAAAUGUGUCUUCUCUGAAUGAAUGGAGUGAAUUGUAAGCUUCAGUUGCCGAAUAGCAGCUCCUUGAGUACAAACAGUAGAUCUGAUCUUCAGAUCUUCUUGUUCCUUGGGGUUUCUUUGUUUCUGCUUCAUGUAUAAAUUGAUAAAUCCUGUCCAUACUUUAGAGUUCUGGGAGUUUUAUCUAUAUGUAGUCAUCCGUCUUGUUUACACAUUAAAACACCUUCACCAGCCGGCGCCACGGCUCACUAGGCUAAUCCUCCGCCUUGUGGCGCCAGCACACCGGGUUCUAGUCCCAGUCGGGGCGCCGGAUUCUGUUCCAGUUGCCCCUCUUCCAGGCCAGCUCUCUGCUGUGGCCUGGGAAGGCAGUGGAGGAUGGCCCAAGUGCUUGGGCUCUGCACCCAUGGGAGACCAGGAGAAGCACCUGGCUCCAGCCAUCGGAUCAGCGUGGUGCGCCGGCCGCAGCGCGCCGGCCGUGGCGGCCAUUGGAGGGUGAACCAACGGCAAAGGAAGUGUCGCUCCCCCUCUUCAUGGAGGAACGACACAGGACCCUGCGCUGUUCUUUUGUCUGCUCGGCCCUUCCCGGGUUUGCUGCUGGUUCUUCCCGGGUUGGCUGCCGACCCCUCCACCUCCGUGGAGGGGCGGCUCCCCCUGCCACUUUCCCCACUUCUGUGGGGGAGCGGCACACCGCCGGCCGGCUCUCUCAGGGGCUGCACAGGUGUUCCUUCAGAUAGAUGUUCCCUGGUGCAUGUUGUCUCUCUCCUCCUUUAUAGUCCUCUUCCACCAAUCCCAACUCUGCUACCCACACGCCGAGUACGCUGCUCUCCUCCAAUCAGGAGCAGCUCCUGCAGCUUGUCAAGUUGGUGAGAGGCAGCUGGGUAGAAGCUGUUUCCUCCUCUCCCAGCGCCAUAUUGUGGGAGAGCAGAUGCAUAGAAUAAGUCUUAAUUCCAGUAACAGUCUAGUCCGAGUUGCUCCCCACAGGAAGACCUUUCUCUCUGUCUCUCUCUCUCACUGUCCACUCUGCCUGUCAAAAAAAAAAUAAAAAAUAAAAGAAUGAUCCUAUUUAGCGGGGCAAUUUGGCAUCAUAAAGUCCAAUGUUUGGGGUUAUAAAGAGGACAGGCACUAAGUUGUUCUAGGUGCUGCCUAUUGGUCACUGCAGAGAGACAGACUAACAAAGGGCUGAUACAGGUGACCCAGAUCUGCCAUCGGAUCCUCUGAUUAGAAGUAAUGAAAUGUGGGCCGGCGCUGUGGCUCACUAGGCUAAUCCUCCGCCUUGCGGCGCCGGCACACCGGGUUCUAGUCCGGGUCGGGGCACCGGAUUCUGUCCCGGUUGCCCCUCUUCCAGGCCAGCUCUCUGCUGUGGCCUGGGAGUGCAGUGGAGGAUGGCCCAAGUCCUUGGGCCCUGCACCCCAUGGGAGACCAGGAUAAGUACCUGGCUCCUGCCAUCGGAUCAGCGCGGUGCGCUGGCCACGGCAGCCAUUGGAGGGUGAACCAAUGGCAAAGGAAGACCUUUCUCUUUGUCUCUCUCUCUCACUGUCCACUCUGCCUGUCAAAAAAAAAAGAAGUAAUGAAAUGCUUUUAACUUCAUCUACCCAAUCUAGCACCAAAAAACUCCCCAAUUCAGUUAACAUCUAAAAAAUGUUUCCCCUCAAGUGUCUGUCAGGUGAAUAGAGAUAUAAAUGCAAUUGAAACAAAUUCUGAAUGUGAGGCUGGGUCAGGUUUUAGUCUGACUCUGAAAGUGCAAAAGCCAGUCCACGUGUGGUCUCCGUGGGACUUCUCUUUUCGGCCCAUUUGAAUAAUUUGGCAUGAACUGAAAUCGGGUUUUUCGGUGGAAAGUUUCAGCUUGACUAGGGGUAGAAGUUGAGUUCUUUCUUGCAACUCUUAGUCAGUGUUCAUUUUUAUAUAGUGUCAAUAAGAGGAGGAUGUCUUUAGUUUGGAUCUGCAUCAUGUUCACUGCCAAACACCUUCUCAUUUAAUGCAUAUGGUCUUCACAUUUCUGUAUAAUAAAGAUCAGCUAUUGCCUCUCUGA